CCUUGAUCUUAUCUUAUUUUCUUAAUUAAUCGAUUCGUCUAAAUUUCUUUUGUAAUUCAUGCAAAUUUGGUUAACCUGGUGAGUUGUCGAUUAUUUAAGCUGGCGAUUAAUAUGAAACACCUCGUGUAUGCAUUUUUUAUUAUGUAGCCUACAAAUGUCGCAUCGUUUACUCGGGGAUUAUUCGGUACGUGCUAGAACCGACUGUGUGCUUAGUGUUUAAGCUCGGACGUUUGCUAUGUCCUAAAUGUUGAGCUAGUCUCUUCCGAAACCGGUUCACUUUCUUAAUAACAUACUCGAUGUAGACGAUUAUCACGAAGGUAAAUAUUUCCAGCUAUAUAUACAUAGCAAUGCAUAUAUACGUAAAUAACAAUUGCAAUUAUUUCGCUAUUAAGUUAAUUUCGUGAUUUGUUGUUUAAUACUUAAACGCAGUAUCGCGUUAUUUUAUGCAUUUCGAUGCGUACAAAAUUCUAUAAAUAAAUACGCACAUACGGAUUGCGCGUGAUCGUUCGACUGGAAUUGCAUAUAGCAAUGUGCCAUAAAACGUGCCGUAUUAACGUACUGAGAUAAUUCUUGAAAUGUACAUAGCAUGCUACCCAAGUGUGUUUUUCAGAAAGCUGACAUACGUAAGUUGCAGACAGUUUUCUUUUACGUUACGACCACUUCUGCGAUCCUUUACUCCGAGAUUGCUACAAAGAACUCGAAACGAAGGAAAACGCUGUGAAACGGCAACUAAGAGCAAGAGCGAAGAAAGUGGAAAUGCGCCAUAGCUGAAUGGACACCGUUCGGGCAAGACACAGCGUAUGGAUAGAUAAUUUUUGACAAAAAGGAAACGUGCGGCAUGAGUCUGCCGCGUCCUUCCCUGAAGGGAUACUUUUUCUACGUGCUAUUCUUCUCCGGUUUGCUGCUAGUUAUCCUGAAUCUACUACAGGACGAAAUAUGGCAUCGUAUGCGACCUCAUUCUGGACAAUCUCAACCGGUUCGAGUUUCCGAUACCAAGAUCAAGCAAAAUUGGCCUGCAAAAUUGAAGAAACCGACAAUGCAUGUUUCGCAGACUCGAGAAAAAAUGGAGAAAAAGCUUCUAUCCGAGGUAUCCAACCUAACCGGCACGACGAUUUUAACACGCAACAGUCUAGAAUUGAUGGAUCCAUCGAAAAGACCUUGGUAUAUGAAAGGAGGGACCAGGAGGCCUUAUCCUGCCAUAAAAUCCCAUCGUACUGGCCGCAGAUUGGCGCGUUUGUGGCCCGACGAAGACUCUUACGACGAUCGUGUUACCAAUCAAUUGAUGUAUGUACCGACUGAUUAUAAUAAAACUGGUGUCGAUCGUCCAUUGAAAAAGAUAAUGAUUCCACAUGGUAUGCCCGAGGCAAAAGUCGGUCCUGACAUAUUUCUUCAGCAUCGAUGUCCAGUAAAUACUUGUACCAUCGUCAGGGAUAACGCCGAAGAUGCCGAUUUAAUCCUAUUUAAAGACUACAUAACGCACGUGGGAAGAAGAUUUGCGAGUCAACAGGUGUGGAUGCUGUAUUUUUUAGAGUGCCCUUAUCAUACGCAGAGCGUGAAGAACGCUGUCAUCAAUUGGACGGCAACUUAUCGUCGUGACAGCGACAUAGUCGCGCCCUACGAAAGAUGGCAAUAUUACGACUCUAGUGUCACGCAAAUACCGCAGACUUUUAAUUACGCAGCCAACAAGACUAAAAAGGUAGCGUGGUUCGUUUCUAAUUGUCAUCCACGAAAUCAACGUAUGCAUUACGCGAAAGAGCUUUCGAAAUACAUCCAAGUGGACAUCUACGGGACUUGUGGCUCGUUGCGAUGCCCACGCUCGCAAUCUCAAGCGUGCUUCGAUAUGCUCGACGAAGACUACAAAUUUUAUCUAGCUUUCGAGAAUUCCAACUGCAAGGAUUAUAUCACGGAAAAGUUCUUCGUCAAUGGUCUCGGACACAACGUUCUGCCGAUUGUAAUGGGCGCGCAUCCAACGGACUACGCUCGGAGCGCUCCUUACCGCUCGUACAUUCACGUGGAUGAGUUUGAGUCACCGAAAGAGCUUGCCGAGUAUCUUCAUCGUUUGGACCGAGACGACGAAUUGUACAAUUCGUACUUUCGCUGGAAAGGUACCGGCGAGUUUAUCAACACGUACUUUUGGUGCCGCGUUUGCGCCAUGUUGCACGACGACCGGCCGUCAAAAUUUUACAAGGACGUGAACGAAUGGUGGAGAGGCGAUGGAAUAUGCACGACGACUUCGUGGCGCGAACACGAUUCGGUUCGUGCAGGAAACUUGAAAAACACUUGAAACGUUCUUCGCAAAGUUCCGUUAAUUUACGUGAAAGGACGCGGUGCGUCUCAAUGUCUAUAUGCGAGAAUCGACUGGACUUACAAAGGCCACGUGGAAAGUUUUAUCGCUAAGAAGCAGUUUGUUCGAGAACUAUUCGUUCUGUCACUUAUCCUUGAUCGUGUAACGAAUUUGUUGCGAAUGCGGAUGCGGUUGCGGUUGCGGUUGCGAUGCUCAAAAAAAAAUAAAAAAAAAAGGAAAACUACCCAUGGAUUCCGAGGAAUCCGAUGUUAACGAGACGUUCGAAUUGAAGUCAAACGACGCGGGCGCGACCCGACGUCUGGUUAGUCCGUUAAUCGAUAAAAAGACUGCCGACUACGAAUUUGAUGAAACACAAAGACCGAAUUUGUAUUUUUCGACGAGCAACACGGACUUUUACGUGCAACGAUCGACAACCGAUCGUUGUCGGUACUCGUGUUUAGAAGUACGGUUACUCGUGUUUUUACGGUGACUAUAACACGCUGGUGUUCUUUCUUUUUUAGCGACAGUAACGAUCCGAGUCUCGACUCUGGUCGAUUACUUCGUUGGGGGCGGUUAAUUCGUUUCACGAGAUGAGCCAGAAAACAACUCUUUUUCUCGAAUAUUUAUCGCAAUUUCUAUUAGAAAAAAUCUCUUCUUUCAAAAUUUAUCACCAUCGAUAUUGGAACUUCUUUGACCAUAUCGAUUAUCAAAUUAGUUACGCACAGAGUAAAUUGCUUCGGCAUAUCGCUUACCGACAAUGACAAUUUUUCGAACGUUCCUUCGAAAUUCGUAUAGGUACACGUAAGACUCUCGUUCUAGUCUUUUGUGUGUUGUUUUGAAAAUUUCAUAUUCAAAUUAGACGUUUGUAAAACGUUAUUUUCGUAAAGCGUAUUACCACGAUCGUGGUAAUUUGACGAGACAAUGUUUUAUACGAUUAUUAAUAAAUUACGAAUAUCGACGUAGUUAGUGGAAAAUUAAUAAUGCAUUAAUAAUGCAUUUGAAGAAAUGCCGACUGUACGCUACACGUUCUUGAUUCAAAUUUCAAGAAAUAUACGCGUUUGUCGAUUCGCAAAGCAUAUGUAAAUUAUAUACAUGCAAAUUGUAUAGUUGUCGACUAUACGUCUCAUUGAAUCCGUGUCUAAACGCGCUUUUAAUAGCACGAAGGCGUAUUUCGUUAAAACGCAAAAAGUAACUUUACUUUGUCUGUAUUCUUGAUCUUUGAAAUUUCAACGAUAUAACGAUGAAAAAAUCGGAAAGUAAAUUACAAUUGUUUGCAAGAAUCGAAAUAAGAGGAGAACUGUAGGUUUUGAAAUUCAUUUAAUUUUCGUAGCAAAGCAGUUACGAAAUAUACGUAUAAUGACUGCGCCAAGUUGCUUUUGAAAUUCAUUUCUUCUAAAUAUACAUAUACAUAUAUAUAUAUAUAUAUAUAUAUAUUUAUAUAUAUAUAUAUAUGUAUGUGUGUGUGUGUGUGUGUGUGUGUAUGUAUGUGUAAAUAAAAUAUAACAAGAUGGCAAUUAUUCUUCUGAAAAUGAAAGAGAGCAAUACUUUUUCGCAGCUCACGCUCAACGGACAUGUUGGAUUAUCAUUACGCUUAACACAUGGAAAAUUCGAAAUCUGUACGACGAUACAAAACUCGACGGUGACGCGCAGGUUAAUAUAGUUUUAAAUGUUCCUCGUAACGACACAAUAUCAAUUUUAUCUUUAUCCCGGUAUUCGGAUAAAUAUUCAUGUGGGUUCGAAUGCGGAUUGUACGUUCGUUAUAUACGCCACAAGGUAGCUACGAAAAUCUGUCGCUUUAAAAUCUUUUCGUUGCACGCAUUUUCUCGCUAAUGGAUACCUACGGGUGCCUUUUAUAAAUACAUGUUGUCGCGUAUCUGUCAUAGGUAUACGCAUAAAUCUGUCGAACCUAAGGACUCUUUGUUUUAGGAAAUUUGCUUUAUUAGUUUAUCAACUUAUCGCGUAUGUACGAAAAACGAUCGUCUCUGUAUAAAAAUUUAACUAUACAGUUGAAUAUGGGGAUUUACGAUUGUAUAACCGAAAGUCGUACAAAUACAAACGAGUAUAACGUAAAAUCGUAUGAAUGGCGACAAAGAUGAAUCAUCGCGUCGUUCAAAGUACGUUUAAUGGAUAGUUUCAUUGCCGCAUUCUCUGUAGUAUCUUGUCUAUGUACAUUUCUAUGAUCCACAUAGCGCGUACAAAGAUAGCGUGGAACGAAUUAUCUGUAAAUUAACUCUAGAUUAAGUCUUUCAAGGUGUGAUGUUUACGAUCGUACUUGUUAAUAGAUAAAAGUAGUUCGGAUAAAUAUCAAAGUCAAUGUGCUACGACCAGGAUAAUAAUUUGUUGGAAUAUUCUCAAACUUUAAAGCGCGACCGCGAUUAUACGACAUAAUCGUAUGAAAAGAUAGUUUCGCAAAUUUUGAGAUUAUCGAAGUUUACGAACGGAAUUGAUAUACGCGUAGUAAAUGUAAGAAAAUGUUUGCACAUAGCUGAACAUCGUUUACCCUUUGUAUCAUACGUAUACAGCUAUUUACAUUAGUUUGCAGUAUGGAAUUUAUUAGAUUCGAACCUACACGGAUAAGUAUCGUGUUAGGCAAAUCGAUGUUUGACGACUGCGAUCUACCGUGAUCGAUCGUUUAACGCGUUACACCUGUGUCGUAUUUUCUAAAGAUUUCCACCUCUCGUUCAUCGAGCGUUUCAUUGCGCGAGUCGCGUAGGGAAAAGAAAUAGCCGUUGAGAAGGUCGUUUCGUCAACAUUCGUAUACUGUAACAUAGGUACGCUGUUAAUCAGGUUCUGUACGCGAUUCUUACUCGUAAUAACGUUCGUUGUUCAACGUUACCAACUACUGUCGUAGGUAACGAUCAUUUUCGAUUCACGUUCAACGUCGAUGCGUACUCGAUACGUUAUACGUGUACAGUCGUUAUUUGUAAAAUAUGCCAUCAAGUAUGCAAGACUUUUGCAAGAUCUAGUCAACCUAACCCUUAUCGAGAAACUUUUUCGAGUCAUUCUCGUCGCUACGUACGCAACGUGUACCUGUUCAAACGAGUCCUAGUAUAACUUACUUUGAAUUUAAUUAAUGUAAUGUUAAGUUAAUUUAUAGAGCUGUUUAAAUAGUUGUUCGUCGAACGAAUCGUUGCGUGCUCUAUCCAUUAAUUAUAGGUACAUGGUAAUUUUCCAACGAUUACGACUAUUUCACGAGCAAACUUUAUUCGUCGCACGAUAAUGAUUACAAUUAAAGGCACGAAUAUUUAUAUCGAUUUCUUUUCCAACUUGUACGUGUUUCUUUAAACACGCUCAACUUUCUGUAAAUAACGUAUCAGUUCGUUCUAUUCUUUUACAUUGUAUUUCGUUCAAACGUGUACGUUUCGAAUACGUUUCUUUCGAUAGUAAUUACUAUCGCGACGAAUAAAAUUUGCUAUCGAUAUAAUUAUUAUCGGUGCUGAAUAACAAUUUCAAAUAUCGAAUGUAUCGUGUUCUGCGUAUUACGAUCACGAUCUGCAAGAUUUGUUAAUUCGCGAAAGACUAUUUUGAUAACGCGAUUAUUCGCGAAGAAGUUUUAACCGUUUCGUUGUUUACCGAUGCGCUAUUUUAUGUUUUAUCGCUUACAUCGAGCAACUUUUUUCAAAUUCUACUGUUCGUAGUAUCGUUUGAAUAUUUUCGUAAACUACGAUAAUUUGUAAAAUGCGAUACAGAGAUCAAGGUAGAAAGAUAGAAGAAAAUUGGAAAAGAUAUUAUACGUUUCUUGAUACGUUUCUACAAAUUUUAUUCGAACGGAAGAAGAAUCGCAUUCGCAUCGACUUGAUCGCUUGCAAUUUCGAUUUGACUUUAAAUACGAUUAAUUUCCUAUCAAACACAUAUCGAUCGAUCAAUAAAUAAUAAUUAAACGUUAACUAUCGGUUGAAAACAGAUUAUAAACGGCUAUUACGUGAUGCGAGGUUUCGCGAACGACAAGUACGAUUAUUGAAACGAAUCUCGUUGUUGCACGAGCACGAAGAGCUACGCAUAUUGCGCGAGGAAGUCACUUUUCGCUUCCAUUCUUGUACAAAACACAGUUGCACGGAUAUCGAGACGAUGGUGUAUCAGCUAAGGAUUUCCAUCUUACACCGGUAUAUAUUCGCAUACGGUAGUAACACAAAUUGUCAUGUUGUUCGGUUUAUCCUUUUUGUUCGUUAUCUAACCGUUCGUUCGGAGUCGAGAUCGCGAUAUUUCGAUCGAAUAAUUAAUUUCCCACUCGUUGUCGUUAAAACUUGUAUCGGUAGCAUCGGAUUGUAAACCAAAUGAUCCUAGAUAAAUUAUUUCUAUUUUUAUGCACGUUGCAGAGUUCUAUGUUCCACGAAUCGUGUGCUUUCUAUCAACGAUAGUUAACUUUCGGGUGUACGUAGUCCUCGAUGUUCGGUAAAAGAAAAGUUGACAAGUUGGUCGAGAGUAGCACGUUGAUAACAAAAAAUGCGAUAAAAUAUUGUUGAAACUGUAAAAGUAUUCGUGUACAUCGAACGCAUGAUUGCGAAGAAAGUUACGGUUAAAGUACAGUGAAAAGAUAAAGUCUGUCGCGACUAAUUGUAAGACGUUUCAUUUCCGAGAUCCGUUUAUUAACUUUUAACUGUUUAUUACUUGUUUCGAUCGUAAUGGUAGACGCUAAUGCCAAAUAUCUACUGUAAAGUAAGGGUAAAUGUAAGUUCAAAAUGCGGACGAAUUAGCGAGAAUAUACAGAACUUACUCGUAAGAUUAGCACAGCUCAAAACCUAUAGCUCAAAAAUGGAAAACGUUCGGUUGUUUUAGUUCAAAGUGUUCUUGUUGGCUCAAAAGAAAGUCGAUACGUGGAAAUGUUGUUUCUGUAGUGUAGAAACGUUGCACGAACGCAAAUACGAUAUGGAAUGCACUUCAUGGUGGAUUUUGCCACAGCUUCUAAUCGGUUCCUACGUAAUGUCGAUCUUUCAGAGUGCGCACAACCAAGCUAGAUAAUCGUAUAAUUAAGUAACAACUUAUCGAUCGAACCCGACAAAGAUCGAACGAUCGGCUGCAGAAUCAAACGAAUGGCUCCGAUUAAGCGACCGAUCGUUUCGAGAAUACGUGUCCGCGCGCGAACACGAGUUAGAGAUAUCUUAUUAUUUAAACUUUCACUUUCUCUUUUCAAGCAAUUAGCAAAUUCAUUUGGAAAUUAUAUGGAAUUAAAAUUUACGUUACGAACUCGAACGAAAGCGAGUAGUACCAUUGUUCGACUAUUAGUAUUAUUUAGAAACACGGCGCCAAUUAUUUUCUAAAAGGCUUUGAUUCUAUUAUGCGUAACGAAGUACCGACGUUUAUUUCGCUUCGACGUUGACGAUAUUUUCUAUAUAAGUACCUAUAUAUGUAUGUAUAUUUUACAAGUAUCUGCGGUGAAAAAUUCAAAUUUGAAAGAUAUCGAUGUCGAAUCAAGAACCGAUUAAGUUAUUUAUUCCUUCGUCCACGUUUACGUUGGUUAUCGUUGUUUGUUUGCCAAUUAUUUAAAUAUACCAUGUUACACGUAUGUUCGAUAUUUUAACUCUAUUUAACGCACUUUAUUCAACCACGUAUAAUAUACUGAUUUAACAGUUAGUUUAACAGCUAGAUUGGUUAUACGCGACCGUUUAGAUAAAAUUAUCAAGCUUUGAUAUUUGUUAGCGCGGCACGCGUGAAAAUUUCGCGAAAUAAUCAAUAUCCAUAGAAUCGUAGAAAUUUCUUGAUAAAAAUUGACGUUACAGGUAGAAAGCUGACAGCAUAUAAGUAUGAGGAAAUGUAGAAAUUUGAAAAUCGUGAUAUGUGCUUUAUCGAUUGUUUACUACUUAUUGAUUAUUGGUGCUGUUUGUAACAAUCGGUGCUGGUGUACGCCAUAUUUAGACCAGAUAUUUUUUGAUUAUAGAGAUUUAGCGUGUAAGAAUUAGCGGCCGAAAAUAAUACAUAAAACGCGAUAGAAUAGGUAAAACUUUCUUCUUUUGCUUUCGAGCGAAUCUUUCUUCCAUUUGUUGACGUACAAAAUUAGAAUAACGUAUCGUAGCGUACCAAAGCGCUAGGAGAUUGAAGAGAAAAAUUAUAAGAGAAUCAGGUGCACUUUUUCGUUUUUCGCAAAGCAAGUACGCGUGUGAAUUGGUGUUUCGUUAUAUUUGAAAUACGUACUUAUAUUAAUAUUAUAUACAUACGUAUUAUGUUAUAAAUCAGUGCUAUCCGAGUUCUACGAGUAAUACCGAUAUUUUGACUUAUUUGUCGAAUUAUGCGGCGCAGAAUAACACGUACCGUUUUUAUCGCGUGAAAUUUUUAUCUCGAAUAAUCGAUUGUUUGCAGAACCUCUAAAGGGCUGGAUCACGUUUGAUUAUAAUUGAAAAACACUUUUACGCGGCUUUACGAUUAAGAAGCGUCUUGAUACGAAACAGUCGAAAAAGGAAAUAACCUGAUCGAUUCGGAAAUAUAACCCUAUCGAAAAUGGGUAUCGAAGAUAUCCAGGAUGUUUGGUAAGAAACGAUCGAUAUUAGUUUAGUCGUUGCGUUACUUUAACUUAAUUAAUACUAGUAUGCGUAACUAACGUUCAUCGAUAUCUCUGACACGUCGAGACGGUGAGAAAACAUAUGUGUAAAUACGUAUUACCAAGAUCAAACGCAAACAUAAUUUUGUCAUGGAAUUGAUCGACAACGUAUUGGAAUUUUAAAACUGCUCCUCUAUCGGAGACGGGAAAUUCGACUUAUCGUAUUUUCACCUGUAGUCUUCAUAUACGUGGAAGAGAAAAAUAUUACGAGGUUAGCAUAGCGAAGAAGAACACCGUGGACAGCACCGCUGUAAAUCGACGAUCGUACUAUUCUUAACUUACUGGUCUAUGUUCGCGCUAUACGACACGAUAGAGUGUAUAAUUUCGACGUACUUUAUCGACUAUUAUUUUCACGCAUUGCUAUGUAAAUAUCUUCAUUUUGCGACGAUAAUGUUACAAUUCGCUAUUUAUAGAAGAUAAUUGUCAAAGUGAUCGCACAUUGUGAGACUAGAUAGCGUCGUAAUUUGUAAAUAGUAACUUGUACGAUUAUAAUAAAAUGCUACGUGUAAAGAAAUUUAACGGUACAUCGUAACGACGUUUAAUGUAAUAUCGGUAUUUGAAAUUUCUAGGAAAUUGCAAACAGUACUACGUAUAUGAAAAACGUACUCUCAUUUUGCCCUAUCGGAAACGAAGACUUAGGGUACCACGACUAACGUACUACACGAUUAUAAUCGCCAGGGUUAGACAGGUUGAUCGUUGCAUUUAAUCGUUAAUUUUCCCUUAUGAUUAUUUUCCAAGUAAACAUUUAUUUCGAUAUUUCUUCGACUAUUAUCGAUGUAAAACUGGAAAAUAUAAUUGGAUGUGGCAUCACGUUCGUAAUAUUCUGUUGUUUCUAAAAAUUUUCCUGUUAAAAAUAUUGGAUCCGCACGCUUUCGACAGUUCUCUUGAUUUGAUAUGGUCAUAGGUUUCUUUGUUCGAUACAAUUGCCAAGUAUGUAUUGCGUAUUUAUAUUUGUAUUUUAUACGUUCCUGAUUGUGGGAAUAAAAGUGAACGCUAUUCUUA